AUGGCAACGUCCUCGGGAGCUCCUUUGGGACUAUCAUCAACGGUGAAUAUACCCCGAGAGAAGAUUGCUCAUCAUCUCAAAUCGUCUUCUUAUCAUCAUGAUGCAGAAUACAAGUUGAAGAAAGUAUCCAACGGCGUGGCCGAUCAAAGGAGAACGAAAGCUGUAGCUGAAGAAUCCUCAGGAGGGACGAAAAAUGACCAGGAACCGACCAGAAAUGAAGUGGUGGUAUUGACGAGAGAGCUCGAGAAAGCAAGAGGGCGGAUAACGAGGAGAGAUGAGACUAUCAAAUAUCUCGAGAACAGAAAAAACGAUAAGGUUGAAACUACUAGUUCAGAGCUGGAAAACAAACUUGCUGAUCUAGUUAAAAGACAUCAAGCUUCAAGAUCCAAGUACCAAGCGCAGAUAUCAAUACUACAAUCAGAGAAUUCUCAGCUACAACAAAACAUCUCUACCCAUCUGAAAGAAACUAUUGAUCUGCGCAAAUCGCAAGAAACACUAGAGAGUGAAAAUGCUCAAUUGAGAAAUCAAGUCGAUUCCCUUCGACAAGUCCAGAGUCUCCCAGCUGCGAUGAUGGGUAGUUCAAGGAAACAAUCAUUACAGAACGACGAUGAGAGAUUAGAAUGGAAAGUUGAAAAGCACCGAAUGGAGAGACAUACUAAAGUCUUGGAGCAUGAAUUGGAAAUCACCAAGACUGCUUUGAGUAAGGAGAUAGCAAAGGAAAGUGAAUUCAGGGAGAAGAUCUCCAAAUCAGAAGAGGAAGCUUUGUCCCUUCGAGAGGAGAUCAAAAGGCUUGAUGUGCUUCAAGAAGAAAAUGAACGAAUGGAAGAUCUAGUCGACAACGUCAGUAUAGCAUAUAGGAUUUUAUAUCGAGAUUCGAUAAGCAAGAAGGAAUAUCAGUCGAUGAAAGAGAGAUAUGAGGUAGCGCGAUCAGAUGCUAUCGCAUGGCAAAAUAAAGCAAAGAUACUAGAAGGUCAAAUCAGGGUAUCACAAAAAGAAGUACUGAGUACGACGGAGCAAUUGAAGUUAUCCGAAACAGAAAGAAAUUCCCUUGAAUCCAACAUGAAGGAGUUGUUGGUCGAUCGCCAACAACUUCGAGAGGAUUGUGAAGCUCUCGCUAAGCUUCAUAUCCCAUCCGAAACCCUCAAAUCACUCAAAACUCUACCUACCAUCCCAGCUCUCGAUCUUGCUAUAAUGCACAAUACCUUGUCUACCUCAUAUUAUCAAGAAAGACUGGAUCUAGCUGAAGCAGAAUAUCAUGAUCUCCUCAAUGAAUACGAGAAGACUAGAUCUUCUUUAACGUCAUCCAACAUCACACUUACAGCUCUUCAACGUUCAUUCGCAGAGCUGAAAACUCGUCAUUCAUCAUUAGAACAAGAUCACUCACCUUGUCCUACCCUAAUCUCCGAUUUGCGCAUGGAGAUAUCUUCCACGCGCAAUCAAGUGGAUAAUCUCAAAAUGGAGAUAGAAGGCGCAGAAGAAGACAAAAAAAGAUCUGACAAGCAAGCUAGAGAAGAUAGAGAAGCUCUGAAGCGAGCAAAUGAGACUGUCAUGCGAUGUAAGACGGCCGAGGAAGCUCUUGACGAGGAGAUACAGCAUUUACAACAAGCAUAUACAGAAUCCGCCAAAUACGAAGAAAUGUACCUUGACUUGCAAGAGAAGUACGAUCUACUAGAAUCGAGAGAAGUGGCAGCAGUAGACGAAGCUGAGCGAUUGGGAGUCGAGAAUGCGGAGCUGGCUGGACAUAAUAAUGGCGAUCAGAAGAUCAACUAUGUAGAAGGUGUAAGAAGAGAGAUGGUUCUAGUCAAACAGGAACUAGCAUCGACUAGACAUUUAUUGAAUAUGGCCAAUGAUCGAGUUAUCACACUUGAAAACGAAAAUGACGCUUACAAAUCUAUCAAUCCAAUUUCAUCUCUUGGAAGCAGUCUGAACGGCUUGAGUUCUUCUAGGACUCGAGUGAUGAGAAGACAACCUGAAGGGGGAAGAUUGACGGUAUCAAGAAGUAGUGUAGGCGGGAAAGGCAGAAGUGUUUCUGGACCUGUAGGUAGAUAG